AUGCCGGCCGUCUCGAGCUAUCGGGAGGCCGGUGACCGAUCGGAGCGGCGGUGCCCAACGGCCAGCGGUCGGGGAUCGAGCAUGUCGCGUUCGGCGAUCCCCAAGGGAGCGUCGGCGCCGGAGGGUGAUGCGUCGCCGUUCGACGCGAUGAGGCUGCUGCCGCUGGAGGUGGGCGGGGACUGCGAGACGUGGCUGUGCGCGCCGGAGGAGGUGCGCGGCGGGCUGGAGUGCUGGCCGGUGGACAUCGACGACGACGGGGACUCGUUCGACGACACGGAGUCCGUCAGCAGUGUGUCGGUGGAGUGCGGGGAGUUCGAGCACCUCAUGGACAUCGCGAGCUGGGAUGGGCCUGGCAGCGACGGGGAGGACGACCAGCUGGUGUUCCCCAUGGACUGCUCUUCGGACGACAUGGUGUGGCUGCUGGGGGGCAGCGAGGACCGGCCGCGCGCCCCAGGCUCCAACGUGGACCUACUGUUCCCCGCGGGCUGCAGCGACAUGGACAAGGACUGGCUCACUCGGGCGGCCAGCCUGUCGGACAUGGACUGGCUGGUGCCCGCGCAGGACGGCCAGAAGUUUCUGGACUCGCAGGAGUCGUUUUGA